UGACACUGUGAGACGUGAAACAACUUCUCGUACCCGGAGCGUUCUGUACGCCUUCCAUUUUAAGCAGUCAAUGGAGCGAUCGGAUGAUCGGUCGCAGCGCUUAGCGACGGUCACAUGACCGCGAUCCAGGUACAAGAGCGCGACGCGAUGGGCCACGGCCCCCAGCAUGCUCCCGCUUUCUCCCCCCUCUUUGUGCUCCGUCCCAGAAUGACUUGGAUCCUCGGGUACCCACUUUCCCUCAGAUACGCCAUUCAGUUCGCAAAGGACCACGGUGUCCCCAAGCGUGUUGACCGCCCCUCGGACUUCGAUCGGUCGUUCGCGGCACUAGAGUACAUUGCGGCCAGAAGCGGCGUCGAAGACGUGCUCUCUUGCUGGGUCGACGGCGAGAGCCAGAUGGUGUUCGCGCUCUCUGUCGACUACAAGUCGGGUCCCUACCCGCCGAAGCGCGUGCACCGCUCGCGCACGGUGCCCGACGAGAACAUUCGUGUGCUCGCCUACCUGCUAAAAACUGCCGCCAAGCCGGCAUGGUACCGUUACGACGACGGGACGUACACUCCCUGGCAGGGCGAGUGUCUCCAGUUCGCCGACGACGGGUACGACUCGGACUCGUGCGAGACGUGCGACGAGCGGGACGCUAUGGACGAGGACUCUGACGAUGUCGGAGAAGAGGGGAGCGACGCGGCUGUCGGUGAUGAUGAAAGAGAUGAGGUCAUGGCUAUCAACUCCGAUAGCGAUCUCGCUUCAGACUUCGACGACAAAUGCAGCGUGUACUAGCCUCGUGCUACCCGCGACGCUCCUUGUUCCGGCCGUCCCGGAAACCCCAUUGUGACACCCUCCCUCCAUCCCCCGCUGAUCCUGCUAUCGAUUGUUCUCCGAUUGCUCUCUCCUACUUACAUCGUACACGCUCAUUUAGUCUUGAUUAUUCGCUUCUCACUUCUCUUCCAUCCCUGCACCACAUGCGAUCUAUCUCACUAUUGGAGCACGGAAGUCUAUUGCCUACCAAUUUUUCGACUUAGUACGGAUGUACUUACCUAUUCACCAUCGUUACAGCCUAUUUCAUGGCCGCGUCGCAUUUGCGCGAUCGUGCGCUUGAGACUGCA